UGUGCUAUUGCUUUCUGGAGAGGGGUGACUAUUCUUAGGCUGUCACUUCAGCUCAUCUAAACAGAGGCUACUUGGCUCCUGCCCCACCCCCUCUACCUCCAUUUUUGGACACCACUUUGCAGGAAGAUUAAACCACACAAGCAAUCAAAGCCUUUGGAAGAAUGAGUAGCUACAAUAUUUCUCUGAGUGGGCCGGCCCCAUGGGGCUUCCGAUUGCAGGGAGGCAAGGACUUCAACAUGCCCCUGACCAUCUCCAGGAUCACCCCAGGGAGUAAGGCACAGCAGGGCAACCUGAUCCAGGGUGACAUCAUCGUGGCCAUCGACGGGGUCAGCACUGAAGGCAUGACCCACCUAGAGGCCCAGAACAAGAUCAAGUCUGCCAGCUUCAACCUGGCCCUCACCAUGCAGAAGUCAAAGCGCCCAUUUCCACUUUCCACAUCCACCCAAAGAAUGGAUUCUCCCAUGCAACAGAUCCCUCACCAGAAGGUUAUUUCCAACACUCCUGCCAACAACGAGUAUGUGCCCAGCUUCAACCCCAUUGCGCUGAAGGACACUGCCCUGUCCACCCACAAGCCCAUCGAGGUGAAGGGUCCUGGGGGCAAGGCCACCAUAAUCCAUGCCCAGUACAACACCCCCAUUAGCAUGUACUCCCAGGACGCCAUCAUGGACGCCAUCGCCGGACAGUCCAAGGGCCACGAGGCCGGUUCGCUCCCAGUAAAAGAUGCUCAGGUAGACAGUGCCUCCCCAGUUUAUCAGGCUGUGAUCAAGACUGCAGACAGGGACAUGGAGUUGAAUGACUGGGCCCGCAGCUCCUCCCAGGUGCAGUCCAAGUCCUUCCGCCUCCUCGCCCACAUCACGGGAACGGAGUUCAUGCAAGACCCAGACGUGGAACAUCUGAGGAAAUCAAGGGAAAAGUUUGACACGGAAUUUAAAGGUCCACGUUUUGCCAAAUUGAAAAAUUGGCACAAUGGCCUGUCUGCUCAAAUCCUUAACCUGCCAGAAAAAGCCGUGGUUUUUUCCACCAGCCCCACACAUGCCGCUCUCCCUGCUAGCGCUGCUUCGCCCAAUCAGGCAGCUUCGCCUACUGCUGCUUACCAGUCUCCAGAGCCUGCCCCCGUAGACCCUGAACCCACCCCUGAGAGUCACUCAGCUUCUUGUUUAUCCUUCUGCAGCCUAUAUGGCCAGGCUCCCCCCAUGCAAAAAGCCCCUCCCAUGUACCAGGGGCAAUCCAUGUACCAGGGGCUUUGUAUGCAGCAGGGACCUUCCAUGUACCAGGGGCCUGCUAUGCAGCAGGGACCUCCCAUGUACCAAGGGCCUCCAAUGCACCAGGGACCACCCAUGUACCAGGGGCCCCCCAUGCACCAGGCCCCGCCUAUGCAGCGACAUCCCAUGCAGCAGCCUCCUCCCAUGCAGCAAAGCUCUAUCCAGAUCCCUGUGGGCCCUCCUCCACCCAAGGUGGUCAGCACAGCCUGCAUUGUGCCAGCUCCAGCCCCUGUUCCAGCCACAGCCCCGGCCGCCCCUGAACCCCCCUCCAGCAGGCCACCCUGGAUCACGGACAACUCUUUUGCCAACAAGUUUGACCCCAGCAAGAGCACCAGCACCAGCAUGAAAGUGCCCGCUCUACCUCAGAGUGCCCCACCAGCACCGGCCUACAUCCCAAACCCUGGCUCCGCCCACGCCCCUCCCUCUGCCCCAAGCCCUGCCUAUAAUCCCAGCCCCGCCCCCUACAACCCCGCCCCUGCCCCCUUCCCUCCCAUUGCCCGGGGUGUAGCCCAAAGGGCGGAGCGCUUGGCCAACAGCAGCAGAGCACCCCUCUGUGGCGCUUGCAACAACAUGAUCCGGGGACCCUUCCUGGUGGCCUUGGGUCGCUCCUGGCACCCAGAAGAGUUCAACUGUCACUACUGCCACACAUCGCUGGCAGACUGCAGCUUUGUGGAGGAGCAGAACGCAGUGUACUGUGAGAACUGCUACGGAGAGUUCUUUGCCCCCACCUGUGCACGCUGCAACACCAAGAUCAUGGGGGAGGUGAUGCAUGCUCUGCGGCAGACAUGGCACACCACCUGCUUUGUGUGUGCUGCCUGUGGCAAUGCCUUUGGAAACAGCCUAUUCCACAUGGAGGAUGGGGAGCCUUACUGCGAGAAAGAUUACAUUUCACUUUUCAGCACCAAAUGCCAUGGUUGUGACUUCCCAGUAGAAGCGGGAGACAAGUUCAUUGAAGCACUGGGUCAUACCUGGCACGAUACCUGCUUUGUCUGUGCAGUGUGCCAUGUGAACCUGGAGGGCCAGCCCUUCUACUCCAAGAAAGAAAAGCCCCUGUGCAAGAAGCACGCUCACGCCAUCAACGUGUAAAUGCUCCAUCUGCAGCCUUAUUGGGUGGUGGGCAGGUACUUACGUAGCUAUGCCCAAGCCUUGGCAAUGAGCCCUGUAGAGGGGGCAUUGAUCCCAGUGUAAACGAUGAAAAACACAAGCUGAAGAUGAUAGCGGCAAGAUUGACCGUCAGUCGUGACAAAAUAUUAGUUAGGUUUGUGUUUAUUAAUUUCACUGACAAAUUAAUUCUAAUGUAUAUUUUAUAUCAGAGAAUUCUGAUGUAAACCCUUUGCUAUUCCACUGAGUUCCUAGAGGGCCUCAAUCCAGGGAGGUUGGAGCCACAGCCUACAGACACAUGCAGACUGAGUGGAGUAGCAGGGUUCUUCAGUAAAUAAGAUGCCUUAUUUCACAGCAACACUGUGUGCUUUGUUUUGAAUGUAAAACCCCAAAUAGCGAAACACAAAUAGCUUGCAGUGAAUGUAGUAAGACCGUUUUAGGAUUGUAUACACUAGAUUUAACAUGAUAAUGCCUCACACUGUGAACUGUUACAGUAUAUCAUGACACAUGUAAGCCUACUAAUACUGUUGGAUUUCAUAGAGCUAUUAUUAUACAUUGUAGUUUAGUAGGUGAUAUUUAUUGCAACUUUGACCGUUAUAUUAUUUAUUUACAUAGAAUCAAAUGAAAGCAUAACAUCCAUGGAUGUUUAUAUUGCUGAUAAAGCAAAACAAGUUAUUGCCUUUUGUUGACAGCUGCAUGAUACAGAGGUUCAUAGUAUUAUAUGAAGUACAUCACUCAAACUUUUUCAUCCUGGAUUCAUUUGAGAUCCAGUCAAAAAAAAACAAUACAAAGAUAGCAAUAUGUUACAUUAUGAUACAGUAGUAACAUACAUCUUUAGGGAUACAGGUAGAAGAUGAGGAAACCUCUAUUUUUGGGGUAGGGAAGUUAGGGGUUUUGGAAUGUGUCUCAUAAACGUGGAAAUCGAGGAAGUACCCUGGAUCUUUUUACAGCAUGUAAGUGAGACGAGCACUGGCCUGGGGUCUUACAAAUACAUUUUACGCAGCAAAGGUCUAUGCAUCCUCUGUAUGAAGCACUACAAUUAAACAAGAAUUUAUAGGAAAUAUCUGUCAAGGCCAAAAACAGCCAUUCACAAUAAUUUCGCUCUCACUAGCACACACCUUAAAGGUCAGUUGUGACCUUGUGCUUGUGUACAGAUGCUUUACUUUGAGUUUAUUUUGUACAUCUGUGUAUUUUCUGUGUUUGUGUAUGUAUGCAUGCAAGAGUUUGUACAUGAUUGUCAGUGCAUGUCUACUGAGGCAACAUCAGUAUUAGUUACUGUAUGUAUUUGUGCCACUAGAAUAGCAAGGUUUAUUGUGAUUUGACAAAACUCUGAGAACACUAGACUAAGUACCUUUGAUAUGCGUAUGUAUGUAGAUCAACGAGUAAGGAAAGCAUAGUCAGUGCCAGUUCAGAAUAAACCUUACAUGGUACCAUUGAGGGAAAUGAAGGAAGACUUGAAUUGUUGCUAAAUAGUUGUUUAAGCAACUCGUUUUUUUUUAAGUUCAGCAUAUCGAAACUAGUUAUAUAGUUUCCAACCACUAGAGUGCAACAGAGUGUUGAAACCAUGCUGGCUACUUGGUAUGCCUCACACGCUAGUCACUAUUUAUACAUCGUACAUUCACUGUAUGUUCCCUUGGCCCCACCCCAGCAAACACUGCAAAGCCAUUUGUCACCCCUGUACACUGAUCAUAUGCAACAGCUCAAUGUCAAUAUUUUUUACAGACCCCAUGUGUCAGCCAUAUACUGUAUAGGCACUUCAUCCAUAAUCAGAUACAUAAUCUAUAUUGUGAAUUUUGCCAAGAGGAAGAGGACAUAAUGCUUAAUCAAUAUGGGUAGAACUGAAAGUUGAUGAUAAAAUGGCUGUGCAUCCCAGUAAGGCCAUUUUUAGGCAAUGCGAUUUUGUGUUCCCUGGUAUCCGAAAGACCUUGUCAUCUGCCCAAACUGUCAAAAUACAGUACCAGUGAAAAGUUUGGACACACCUACUCAUUCAAGGGUUUUUCUAUAUUUUUACUAUUUUCUACAUUGUAGAAUAAUAGUGAAGACAUCACAACUAUGAAAUAACAGUUGGAAUCAUGUAGUAACCAAAAAAAGUGUUAAACAAAUCCAAAUAUAUUUUAUAUUCUUCAAAGUA